CAUCCAACCCAUCCAACCCAUCCCCAUCCGGGCCAAAAACCUCACUCACCACUCAUCACCUCGUCGUCCUUCUGUCCCUUACGUGCAUCACUUUGGCUCUCUUCCCUCCGCCGCUGCAUCUGCUCGAGCUCGACUGUGACGUGCCGGUAGAAAACAGAAACGUCAAUCUCCCUCUCCCAUUCACUCAUCGAACUCGGUGGCAACUUUGGCCCUGUGGCCUCCUCCUCCUCCUCCUCCUUCGACGCCCGAACCCGACCCAUCAUCAUCGGUAUAUAACAAUACUGGGCCAUGGCAUCGCGAAAGGUGUCUGUCCUCAAGUUUGUAGGGACCGUAUCCCUCGGUCUACUGACGGGCACUUCCUACACACUCUCUACCCUCACGAUCCCCUCCUUACUCGAGCUGCCUUCCGCCGCUACCGCAGCCAAGGCAUUCCGAUCCCUCGCGUCGACAGCAUCGACCCACCUCAAUAUCCUCACCACCUUUUCCAGUUCUGCCUUCCUCCUCGCCUUCGUGCUGUCCCCUCGGGGCUAUAGACACCCCUACCUCAUCUACACCUCCCUCUUCUGCUUCGGGACCCGCCUGGCCGACUAUGUGACCCCGUCCAUCUUCAGCGUUCCCGUCUCCAGGUCCGCCGCGGCAAAGCGACGUGCCGCCGCCAAGGACCGCAAGGAGCGGCGCGCUGCGAAGCGUAUGGAGGCUAGCUACGAGGUCCUCAGCGAUGCCCACAGCGACGAGGGCAACGGCAGCGCCAGCGGCGAGGAGCUCGAGGAAGACGUCAACGGCGAGGACGUCCGCGGCGAGGUCGAGUACUUCGUCCGGAACCAGGUGGUGCAGACGGUGCUGGCCGGCGUCGGGUUCAUGAUGGCGGUCGUCGGCAUCUGGGGCGACGGCGCCGCCGUCAACGUCUCGGAAUUCGUCGUCGAAUUCUAAGCUGACGGGCUUGCAGGGGAAGCGGCGGGAGAAGGGGCAGAAGC